AUGAAGCUAAUUUUAUCAUUAAUAUUAUUUUUGGUGCAGAUUUCUUACAUUAAGAUUGGAUAUGGUUUGAAUGUCGAAAAUUCACUACAAAUUCAAAAAAAGUUCAAUCAUUCAAAUACUUCGACUAAAGAUUCAUUGAAGUCGAUGGAAUCUCCAUCGUCAAGCAUAAGUAUACCCAUAGACGGAAAUAAUACAGAUAGUAGCAUACUAAAUGCAUUAGCGGCAGUUUUGCCACUAAAGUCAACUUCAACUUCUGGUUCUCUAAGUGAAAAAAAAGAUGAGAGAGCAUCCGAUCUGUCUUAUUUCGAGCCCAAAGUACUUUAUACAACGAUUCCCGUGAUCGUUGUAUGUAUGGUUGGUAUUGCAGUAAUGGCGGAGUUAUUUGGCGAUGGGUUCGAAUCCGGAAAGAGAAGAUUGUCAAUGAUACCAGAUUCUGUUAAAAGAAGGGGAAGAGCAUCAAUCUAG